ACACCAUCCUCACCGUUACAACAAACGCACUCUCUCUUCUCUCUCUUUCUCUCUCUCUCUCUCUCUCUCUCUCUCUAUAUCCAACCUUUUCAUUUUCUCUGUGAAAGCUGUGAGUGGAUUUGAAAAAAAGAAAAAUGGCGGCAGAGGUGGGUGUUCUACCAACGCCGAAGCCACCAUCGCCGGCGGAUGAUCCUGUGAGAAAAUCGUCGCUGUACGUGGGAGACCUGGACCCGCAAGUCACAGAAGCAGACCUCAUGGAUACGUUUCGUUGCAUGGGUCCCAUUGCCUCUGUUCGUCUCUGCCGCGACUCUCUCACCGGUGACUCCCUUCGCUACGCCUACGUCAACUUCUUCUCUUUCUCACAUGCAUCUAAGGCUCUAAAUUUCCUGAAUCAUACGGAGCUGAAGGGAAAACCCAUGAGAAUAAUGUGGUCGCAAAGAGACCCAUUGACAAGAAAAACGGGAAUUGGAAAUCUGUUCGUGAAGAACCUUGACCCUUCAAUCACCAGUGGCCAACUGCAGCAUAUGUUCAGCAACUAUGGGACGAUACUAUCUUGCAAGGUAGCUGAAGAAAAUGGCAAGAGCAAGGGUUUUGGGUUUGUCCAGUUUAAUUCAGAGGAAUCUGCUUUGGCAGCUCGUGACGCUCUACACGAUACACUGGUUAAGGGGAAGAAGAUAUAUGUUUCGAAAUUUGUGAAGAAGAGCAUGAGAACAGUAGUCCAUGAAGAAUCAAGCUUUACAAACCUGUACGUGAAAAAUCUUCCUGAAGAUGUGACUGAGGAUCUCCUUCUAGACAUGUUCUCUAGAUUCGGAAAGGUUUCUAGUAUUGCCAUCAUGAGAAAUGACCAGGGGAAAUCAAGAGGUUUCGGGUUUGUAAACUUUCACACACCAGAAGAGGCAAUGAAGGCUGUUGAGGUGUUGAAUGGUUCACUACAAGGACCAAACGGUUUAUCUGUAGCAAGGGCUCAAAAGAAAGCUGAGAGGAUAGAGGUUUUAAAGAAUCAGCGCAAGGAAAUUUUCAACUGCCACAUUGAGAAGUUGAAGGCGCAAAACCUGUACGUUAAAAACUUAGACAUUUCUGUUGAUGAAAGCAAACUGCAAAAACAUUUCAGUGUCUGUGGAAAAAUAAUCUCAGUCAAAGUGAUGCGACAUGCCAAUGGGAUCAGUAGGAGAUUUGGUUUUGUUUGUUUCUCCACUCCUGAGGAAGCAACAAAGGCCUUGCAUACAUUUAAUGGAUCUGUUUUAGGAGGAAGGUCUUUGUAUGUGGCCUUUGCUCAGAGCAAAGAAGAUCGCAACAGGGAGCUAAGGCAUUACAGCCAACUAUCGCAGAGAGAUUUGCGUCAUACUGCUCUCCAUCCAACCCGUCCUGUCCACUACAACUUCACUCCUUACUCUUCUUUCUACUCUCCUCCAUACUUGCCAUUGACGUAUCAACAUUAUGGUACAAAUAUUGGCAUGCAGUUUCCAUUUUUCCAGAAUUACCAUCAUCACCUCUCCACAAAUGACUUAAUGAGACAAAAACAGCAGGGUAACAAUGGGAAUCAGAGUUUCCAACAGAAUAAGAAUGGUUUUACUCCAAUUGCGAAGUCGAAUGAUAGUCGUCUUAGAAUUAGCCGGGCGAAAAAUGAAAAUAAGCAGGGGGGACUUCAAGAACGGUCAGGAUCAGUUGUUCCUACUGAACGCAGGAAUUCUGAUGAUCUUGAUGCUUCCUCGGUAUGCGGCCAAGAUAACAAGAAGAACUCUGCCAAGUCUAUAUGACUGACAUCAUUUCUCAGGUGCACAAGAUAAGAAUGAAUGGUGCACACUUUGAAUGAGGCAAAUGCUAGGACCAGUGUAGAUAUGCCUCUGCAUUGAACGUUAUACUUCUUUGUAUACGCUUACUUUCUUUUUAAAACUUUUAGAAUACUUGCAAAACUGUGGAAAAUACAGUACUGUGUAUAAAUCCUCUGAUAAGACCACCACUAGAUGUUUUAAGAUUUUGUUUUCUUCUUUUGCUUU